AUGGUCAUCCGCGCUGGUACUGCACUCAGUACAGGACAUCAAUUGGUCUCCAGCCAGAAACAUAUUGAAGUGCCACCCUCAAUGCUGCUGGAUUUUGCCUCUGUCAGCUUGGUUCUGGGCACCAUGCUAAGGACAAGACGUUUCGUCUGUGUCUUUUCUACUAAGGGCUCAGUAGUCAUUGCCCACACUUCUCGUGCGUUCGUGCAGGUGCCCACACGUCUACGUAUGCAUCCACAUCCUGCUUUUGUUGAUGUUGUGGUUGUAAUACCCGAAGUUAGGAAGGUUUAUAAAUUGGAGGAGGAGGCAUAUCGAGAUGAAGAUCGAGGUGACAGUAGAGGUCGAGGCAGUGGCUUUUACGAGCGUGGUAGCGGUGGUGCUGGAUUCCUCGAUCGAGGAGGACGAGGUGGUGGUUUCCAGGGUAGUAGAGUAUCACCUUACAAUGAGGAGGAUCUUAUUAACCUUUGGCCGGUGUUGUACUUUAGGGAGAGAUCAAUGUCUCAGAACAGGGGAGAUGUUGAUGUGGCAGAUCAGCAGCUCACCACUACGCCACCAGCUGUUACUGGCGUCUGGAGAACAACUCCUGGGCCGAGGGGAACAGCUGGGAAAAGAGUCUCGGUUGAAGUGAAUUGCUGGGAUUUUGAUGUAUCAGACGUGUCGGUGUUACAGUACACCAUAACGCCGACGAAAUUAUUAAACGCUGAGGGAAAAGUGCUCAUCAACGAAGAAAAGGGCCUGUGGAAGUUUGUAAAAGAUGCUAUGAAGGGGAUAAGAGGUGACGUUUUUUACGACGGUGGUCAGCAUUUGUACUCUCUGGAACCCUUAGAGGGGGAGGAGGGAGGCCAAGCGACUUGUAGUGCGAAGGUUUCAAGGCAUCCUCAAAAUGAUGAUUUGACGAUAGAGUACACAGUGAGAAGAGUGAGCAGUGUUUCUAUCGGACUUAUCGGUGAAUAUCUCGCAAAUAGACAUUCGAAGACUUCAGAACUACCACAAUCUGCCAUUAAUAUACUGAACAACCUAAUCAAGUGGCUUAAUAAAGACUCGUUCCCUAACCUUUUAAAGUCAGCAAUUUUCAGCAAUGCUGAACUAAAGAGGUACACCGAAGGUCUUUUCUGGAUUUACCGUGGGUAUUCGCUUAGCUUUCGCCCGCAAUGGAAGUGCCGGCUGAACAUAGACAUAGCCCAUAGGGCUUUUUUCCCGGCUGGAAACUUGGCGGAUAUUUUACAUGCGAAGUACGGCAGUGUUUUGCAUUCUAAACCAACGUGGAAGCAUGUGAAAGAGGAAAUAAAGUCACUCUAUGUUGAGGCCGGCCAUUAUAGGAAUAAGGUUUCAGGCAAAACCUACAGGAAACGUCUUGUGGUGCACGGGUUGUCGGAUAAUACGGCUGACAGGGAAAUGAUCUCAGAUCGCAAUCAGUCCGUUGCGGAAUACUUCAAGGAGCGAUAUGGCAUAGACCUGAAAUAUCCCGAACUUCCAUGUGUGAAGUUGUCUGUCAUUCUUGUGAUGGAGAUGUUGCGAAUGCGCCAUGAAAUUGGACGGUGCUGGGCUUGGCACCUUCACGGUGUGGCUGCCCUCAUUACGAAGUGA